AUGAAUCGUAAGUUCUUCUCUCGGUGUUUUAUUCAAUUUGUCAGACGACCGAGUAAAUGCAAAACCUACAUCUUCGUUUUCUCCUCCUCCUGUUCCUUCUUCUUCUUCUUCUUCUUCUUCUUCUUCUUCUUCUUCUUCUUUCUUCUUCUUCUUCUUCUAUCAUUCUCAUAUGAUGAUAAUGUCGUUAUAGGCCUUUCUCUGACUUUUUUUCAUUUUUAUAUCACUUACAUCCAUUUUCUUUUAUUCUUCUUCUUCUUUUUCAAUUUCUUCUUAACUUCUUCUUCUUCUUCUUCUUCUUCUUCUUCUUCUUCUUCUUCUUCAGUCUCUACUUCUUCUUUAAAUUUCUCAUUCUCAUCAUCAUCAUCAUCAUCAUCAUCACUGCCACCAUGCUUUACUCUCCUCCUUCUUUCCUUGUUUAAGUCCUUCUCAUUCAUCCAUUUCAUCAUAAUCACCAUUUUCAUCUUCUUCUUCUUCGUCUUUAUCUUCUUCGUCACUCUAGUGACUGUGUUUCAUCUUUAUCUAUUUCAUCAGCAUCAACUUCUUAUUCUUCUUCUCAUCAUCAUCUUCUUCACUGCCACCAUGUUUUCUUCUUCUCCGUCUUUUCAUUUUUUUCUUUAA